CGUCACAACAUGGCCCUCCUUCCCCGCGUCUUCUGACAAAAUGAGCAGACGAUAAUAUCACACGACACGAGAUGUAGGGAUGAGCGGCUGGUCUAGUAUAUAAGUGAGCUGAUAACAGGGGAGACACACAGGGUCGCUGAGGGGUGUAAUAAUUUAACGGUGACAAAACAGCGUGCGUCAUUUCUGACUUCUGAGCUGGUCGAUCUUGAUACACCCUUGUUUAUUUGUAGUAUAAUAAGUCCAACGCAGGUGUUUACCCUUAAAGGUUAGAUUUAUUCGACGGAGUGAGUUUCUUCGAAGAGAAAGCACAUCCUGUUUCUGUUAAAAGACGGGGUUUAGAGAACUAGAGAAAUGAACUGCCUCCUGUCAAUCACCCUUCUCAUCCUCGGAUGUUCGUUUGUGAUGUCACAGAGACUAAGAGGCGGAAUGUUCAACCGGUUCCAGGAUAUUUUCAAAGACACGGCUGGCAACCGACUAUCACAGAUAAGGCGACAACGACAGGUUAUGACCAACCUCCGCCCUGGUAACCGCUUAGGGACCGUAGUACCCGGGGGCCGGGGUGGGCGUGGCAAUGGUCAAGGUGGGCAGGGUAAUGGCCAAGGUGGGCGGGGUGGAGGGCGUGGUCGUCCUGGAAAUGGGGGCGUGGCUCAGCCUCCUCCACCUAUCACAGUUGGCCCAGGUCCUGAUGACGGAGCGAUCAUCAAGAAAGAUGACGAGAUAAGACGAGGACCAAAGAAAGAUGCUCGUGUCGUCGUUGAGGGUAGCGCUGCCGGUGUGAACAGGGCAGCUAACGCUCGGUUUGGAUUCUUCGGUCGAUUUGGAUCCAGAUUUAACCGAUUCAGGGACAGAUUCCAGCAGGUUCGCUUAAUAAGGGCCGGAGAAGGGCUGGGAAUACCAAAGAAGUUUGUUCUGAAUUUGAAACCAAAUGUGGACGAUGCUAAAGUUCAAGGGCUCCUACGGCAGUUCAGUAAAAACAAAGGGCGCAAUCUCGGACUCGGGAAGUUAAAAUCGAGACAACAGAGAUCUGGAUUAUCAAACAGAGGAGACUCUAUCCUUCUGGAGGAUGUUUCUGAAAGCGACCUGAUGAAGCUUCUCCAGCUGACAGACCUGGUGGAGGAGGUGGAACAGGAGGUCAUAGUAGAGGCUCUGGCCUGUAACAAACUGGACGCAGGCACUAGACACGAGUAUUACAAAUGGGGCCUCGACCGUAUUGACAACAGCGACAAAGUCGCAGCAGACGACAACUUAUUGAAUAUAGAUGGCGACGGUGACGGGGUGGACGUGUACGUUGUGGAUACAGGUGUUCGAGCCGAUCAUACCGAAUUCCAACUUCUGGGAGGUUCGCGCCGCGUCGACUCAGAGUUCUUCUCCAUCUACGGCUCGUACGCGGGGGCAGCCGAAGACGACAACGGGCAUGGCACGCACGUGGCUGGCAUUGUGGCGGGAAGNGACGCGUGUGUGGCACUUGUGAUAUGUUUUCUUUGUAAAAGUACCACCCAACCUGUAACUGUUCUCUUUCUACAGGUAAAAAUUUUGGACUGGAGGGGCAAAGGCGGUUCCUUUGACGUUGCCGAUGGUAUUAAAUGGGCCAUAGACAAAGCUAUAGAGCGGAAGCGAAAGUCCAUCAUCAACUUGUCGAUAGGUAGCGCUGUAUCCACUCUCCUUGACAACGUUGUCAAAGAGGCGAUAGAGAAUGGCAUUGUUGUCACUGUCGCCGCUGGUAACAAUGGAGGUGACGCAUGUACGACCUCGCCGGCCCGAGUAAAGGACGCCAUCACUGUGGGGGCCAUGGACCGAGACGACAGCAUCACCUGGUUUUCUAACCGCGGUGCCUGUACCAACGUCUACGCCCCUGGUCUCAGUAUAGGGAGCGCCUACUACAGCGCUCAAACCGCCGCCGCCGCCCUCAGCGGCACCUCCAUGGCAAGCCCCUUCGUAGCGGGGGUCCUCGCGGCCCACAUGUCCACGAUUCCCGCCCCCAGCGUGUUCGAUGCGGCGUUCGUGCAGGCGAUGGGGCACGUGAUCAUGACGAAGGCGUCCUCGGGGGUGAUUCAGGGUGCACAGGAGGGGGAUAACAAUCGGCUCUUGCAGACGGGGUGUACGUGAUUGAGAUUUGGUUGGGUUGAGAGAAAAGCACAGUCAGAGAUUGCACUGCAUACAAAGAGGGAAGAGUCAAUAUUGUUGUCAUCUGUUAUUUGACUUGUGGUCUCCUUCUCAUGAUUUUUUAAUUUCAUGUCUAGCUUCUAUCAAUUCACUAUAUUAUCUUGCAACCUUUUCGUGGGUUACUGUGUGCGGCUUGGAGUAAUCAGUAUGGAAAACACUAAACUGCAUUUUAUUGUACUUUUUGGGAUAUCGGCUGUACAAAUCUGACAAUAUAAUUGUUGCACUGGCUAAAGA